CGCAGUAUGAAUUCAUGAACCUCUCCUCCAGGUCCACCACCAGCAGCAGGUCCCCCACCACCACCACCCCUCUCAUUAAAUACACCACCACCUCCUCCCAACAUAAACCAACAAGCUUCAGUUUUUUGGAAGUGGUUGAAUUGAAUGGCCUCAAAGAGAAUAUUGAAGGAGCUCAAGGACUUGCAAAGAGAUCCACCAACUUCAUGUAGUGCAGGUCCUGUGGCUGAGGACAUGUUUCAUUGGCAAGCAACAAUAAUUGGUCCAAAUGAUAGCCCUUAUUCUGGGGGUGUCUUCCUUGUGACUAUCCAUUUUCCACCUGAUUAUCCUUUCAAACCUCCAAAGGUUGCCUUCAGAACUAAAGUGUUCCAUCCAAAUAUAAACAGCAACGGCAGUAUCUGCUUGGACAUUCUCAAGGAGCAGUGGAGUCCAGCACUCACCAUUUCCAAGGUUUUACUGUCCAUAUGUUCAUUGCUGACCGAUCCAAACCCUGAUGACCCUCUUGUGCCUGAGAUUGCUCGUAUGUGCAAGAGUGACAAAGUCAAAUAUGAGUCAACGGCUCGGAGUUGGACCCAGAAGUAUGCCACUUGUUAAUUAAAACCCUAAUCUUGUUUAAGUGAUUUACCUCCUCUUUUUACUGUCAAUAAUUACUGCUUCUGUUAUGAAUGCUGUGGUCCCAACUUGUAAUCUGAGCUCCUUUGCUUGAAACGAAUAUAUAUAUAUAUAGCUCACAAUCAAUAAAUCCAAUUAAUGAAAUAA